AUGGACUACUCGUACCUGAACCAGGCGGCAGCGGCGGCCGCCGCGGGCUUCGACGCCGCGGCGGCGGCCGUGGACGUGCCCGGCGGCGUGGGCGUGGGGCUGGCCUGCGGCUACGGGGGCGGCGUCGGCGUGGGCGGCGAGCUGUCGGUGGGCGGCCCGUGCGCGCAGCCCUACCGCUACCGCGCCUACAACCCGCAGCCCGUGGUCGGCGUGCCGCACCACCACGCGCCGCCCUGCGUCAUGGGCGGCGCCGGGCCCGCGGGCCUGCCGUACAAGGUGUACCCGGGCCACGAGGGCGUGCUGACGGAGAAGCGCAAGCAGCGGCGCAUCCGCACCACCUUCACCUCGGCCCAGCUGAAGGAGCUGGAGCGCGCCUUCCAGGAGACGCACUACCCCGACAUCUACACGCGGGAGGAGAUCGCCAUGAAGAUCGACCUCACCGAGGCCAGGGUGCAGGUACCCCGCUGCGGCCACCGCACACCCACACACCGGCUGCUGCUGCCGCCGCCGGCUGCACUGUGCUAA